AUGAGGAUGCGCUUCGUUGUUAUGGUGAUGCUGUUGCCAGUGCUAAUGAUGUCAGGAUCAGAAUGCAGGUCCAGCUGUCGACUCACCAAUAUCUCCAUUACCUUGGAAAGUGAGGAAUGUGGCAGCUGCAUCACAAUUGACACCACUGCCUGUGCCGGGCUUUGCAAAACACAGGAAAGUGUUUACCGUAGCCCAAUGAUGCUGUUCUACCAGAACACCUGUAACUUCAGAGAAUGGACCUACGAAACUUAUGAGUUUAAAGGCUGUCCUGCCAGGGCUGACUCUAUUUUCACUUACCCAGUGGCUCUCAGCUGUGAAUGCAGCAAGUGCAAUUCUGACGUCACAGACUGUGGAGUUCUCAGCCAGCAGACAAUCAGCUGCAAUGUGUAUUAGACAAAGAAACCAAACCUUGCUCUAAAACCAUUUGAAAGCUUGUUGUACAGUUCUGCAUAUUUCAUACUGUGUAUAUUGCAUAAUGGAAUAAAACUAAUAUGAAACCUUUUCAUAUUAUUUGUUAGCGUUAAUA